CUUCAGGGAGGGAAAACGAAGAGGCUCAAGACAAGGCUGCCAUUUUGUAACCUGUUCACGUGACCUCAAACAGACGGCGCGCACCACCUCCAUCCGUUUUCUGUGGAGACAGUCUUCGCUUCUCUGGAUCUCCACGUUGUCUCCGGUUACAAGAAGUAGAAUGCGCCAGGUUCCAGGCAUCAGCGUGGAGGGCCUGGACGAGGGCACGGCGCCCCCCCACCUCGACCCCCCGGCCACCCCCACCCCCCUCCACGCCGCCGUGUACGACUGGCACGAAGACGACGAUGAUGAUGACUACAUGUACGAACGAGGGGGGAAGAGGAGGCGACAGCGUCUAUUGGAAGUGGGCGGGGCUGGCAGUGGUGACGUCACGGAUUCUUCCUCCGUGAGCGAUGACGUCAGCGUGGGCGUGGGCGGUGGGCGGGGAGAGCGUCGGAGCUCCGGGCGGCGCAAGCGGCCCUCCUCCUCCGCACGAGAGAGGAACCUCCGUCGGUUGGAGAGCAACGAGAGGGAGAGAAUGAGGAUGCACUCCCUCAACGACGCUUUCCAGGCACUGAGGGAGGUGAUUCCACACGUCAAGAGGGAGAGGAAGCUGUCCAAGAUCGAAACACUAACGCUGGCCAAGAACUACAUCAUGGCUCUCACGAAUGUAGUCUGCGAGAUGCGUGGAGAGGACAAACCUUACCAGCUCUUCCCUGAAAAGUCGCCUGGUAAUGAUGCCUCCUCCCCCUCCAGCACCUGCAUCCCUGAGGACUCCACCACCAUCACUGACACCGCCGACACCACCACUACUAACGAUGACACGAGUACCACUACUUCUACUCCUACUACUACUACUACUACCACUACUACUACGACGACUCCGACCUCGCCGCCAGAUGCAGACAACAAUAACAGUAUUCAUAAAGAAGUCUCGUUGUUUUGAGAUAAGGCACGGCACAAGUCGCCCUCUGUUUGCGCCGCUGUGCCGUUGUGUCACCAGGAUCACCACCACCGCCAUCACUAUACAGUGCAGUGACGCCCUCUGCUGGUGUUAGUGGGAGGUGUUUGCUGUCCGUUUUCUUUUAUUUCUUCAGCGUCGCCGUCAGUUAGUUCCUCAAGGUGAAUUCCGUUUUCUUUUUUGGGAUUUUAGAUGCGAUGGUGGACAUGUGUAACUUUAAAAGGUUGUUUAUUUGUUGUUAUUUUUGUUAUUAUUAUUAUUAUUAUUAUUAUUGUUAUUAUUAUUAUUAUUAUUAUUGGUUCUUAUUCAUCGCAUUUCAUUGUUACUCUAAUGACCAAAGGAUUCCAUGUUGAUGAUCAUCGUUUAUGAAUGCCUUGUCAUCAUCAUCAUCAUCACCAUCAUCGUCAUCAUCAUCAUCAUUACUAUUUUUAUCACCACCACCACCACCACCAUCACCACCACCAUCUUCAUCCUACCAUUACCAUCACCAUCACUGCUCUGGUUAUUGCAUCAUCACAGCAUCACCAUCAUUUCACCAUCACCACACACAGUAACUGAUAAGAACACCAUCACUGCAGGUAAUAGUAUCUACUGUUCAUCAUCAUCAUCAUCAUCAUCAUCAUCAUCAUCAUCAUCAUCAUCACCACCACCACCACCACCACCACCACCACCACCACCACCACCUUCACCACGCAUCUGUCUACAUCGGCCACGUAUAUACUUAACUAAUAAGGAGAAAGAGAGAGAAAAAAAUAAAAGAGAUACAAAGAUGAAUAAGAAAAAGAUAAAUUUCUGGAAGUGAUGUGAAAAAGAAACAAGAUUUUUCUGUAUCUUGUGGCAUUUGAUCCUUCUCCUCCUCUUCCUCCUCCUCUCAGAAACAGAGGAUCAAGGGAGGAAUAAAAAGAAGAGGAAAAGGAGGAGGAGGAGGAGGAGGAGGAGGAGAAGUAAGCGACAACAUGAAGAAGUAAGUUACGGGAGUUAGAAGUAAGGAAGAUCUGAAGUGACGUUGAUGUGAAGUUUGUAUAUUGAUCGUCACGGAGCCAACACAAACUUGAGAACGAACACUCCUCAAUCCCACACCACAACACGGAAACACAACCUCAGUUCUCCUAUACGUGCAUCACUUUAAGGAGAAAACGAGAGGGAAAACACAAGAAAAAAACUAUAGAAAGAGGACACGAAACCGAGAGAGAGAGAGAGAGAGAGAGAGAGAGAGAGAGAGAGAGAGAGAGAGAGAGAGAGAGAGAUGUUUGGCCUCAACGGAGGAACGAAUGGAAAUAAGUAGAAAUCCUCGGGUGUUUCUGAAGAAGACUUGCCGUGGCAGAAGUUCUUGUUUAUCUGAUGCCUGAGAGACAGCGGCCAUAUUGCCACUGGGUCCUGACCGAAGACUUAAGAGAAAAACAGGUCAAGAAAAAUAUCUCCGGGAAAGCAAGAAAGGGAAUACGUAUCUGCUGAAGGGAAGAUCGAGGCCAGCAAGGCAAAUUUAUGCAAGAAAAAUACGUUAUAUACCCGAUAAGAGGGGAGGGAAAAGUGAAGAAGAGAGAAUCGUGAAGGGAAGAAUGCAUGUGAUGGUCAUUCAUUUUUCAUCCGCGUACACGAUGAUGAAGACGAUCACCUACGAAGAAGAGGAACAAAGAAAGAGGAGAAAAAUAAGGAAAAAUGGACGGUAAAGGUGCUGAAAAUAACGUGUUUGCUGACAACGAAACAAAAUAAAAGUGAAAGGACACUAUUUUCAACAAGUUUUUGAGAACGUGUGGUGAAGGUGAACGAAAAUAAAUGGAAACUGGCGAUAAAAAAACAGACAUAAAGAAACUGUGUGUAUGUAUGUGUGUGCUUACGAGAGAGAGAGAGAGAGAGAGAGAGAGAGAG